GUCACCCUGUAAGAGAAAUUUUUAAAUAAAAUUAUUUUUAGGUAUUUUAUAUCCAUUAUCAUCUGUUUUGCAUUAUUGAAGACAAGUUUUUAACGAAAGAAUAUAAACAAUGUCAACUCUACGAAUAGCUUUGGCCCAGUUACUCAUCGGCUGCAACAAACAAGCCAAUAUAGAAAAAGCAAUUUCUUUUAUUGAACGAGCGAAAAAACAAUUUGCUGAUGUUGUCAUUCUUCCAGAAUGUUUUAAUUCUCCUUAUGGUCCACAAUACUUUAAUAAAUAUGCUGAAAGUAUUCCAUCAGGUGAAACAAGCUUAGCACUAUCGAAAGCAGCUAAAGAUUUAAAAAUAAAUAUUAUUGCUGGUACUAUUCUUGAAAGUGAUAAUGAUGCUCUUUAUAAUACUUGCACUAUUUGGAACACCGAAGGUCAUCUCGUUGCAAAACAUAGAAAAGUACAUUUGUUUGAUAUUGAUAUAAAAGAUAAGAUACGAUUUUUUGAAAGUGAAGUUUUGAGUGCAGGCAAUUCAUUAACAAUUAUUGAUAUAAAUAAUUUCAAAAUCGGAAUUGGCGUUUGUUACGAUAUAAGAUUUGAAGAAAUGGCACGUCUGUAUCGUAAUAAAGGAUGCAAUUUAUUAGUGUAUCCAGCAGCAUUUAAUAUGACCACCGGCCCAUUACACUGGCAACUUCUUCAACGCUCAAGAGCUAAUGAUAAUCAAUGCUACGUAGCAUGUGUUUCUCCAGCACGUGAUGCUACAGCAAGUUAUGUCGCGUGGGGCCAUAGCCAACUGACUAAUCCUUGGGGAGAAGUAGUUCAUGAUUUGGAUGUUCAUGAAAACAUGAUAGUUACAGAAAUAAAUUCUUCUAUAGUGGAGGAAGUAAGAACUCAAAUUCCAACAAUUAAUCAACGCCGUACCGACGUUUAUGAUACCAUUUAUAAACGUGAUAGCAAAUAAGUAAAAAUAAAUUUGUUAUCUAAAAUUUUACACAAAGCAUUUGAAGUUCAUCAAUUACAGCUGACGUACACUCAGAAACAAUUAAUUCCAAUUAUAAAUUCUAAUAAAAGUUUGAAUCGAAUUGAAUUCAACCAGAAAACAAUCGACUGUUUGUAUUUUUGUAAGAAAAUUUUCUGAUUAUUAAUUAAAAAUAUACUACCUAGUGAA